AUGAGCUCCAGCCAAAACAACACCGUGACGUCAUCAGAGGGCGACGCCAGCAGCGGCUCGGAGCCACAACAGAUCCGGCCGGCGGCGCGCGGCCCUGUCGACCCCGGAGCCCCGGAGCCCCGCACGGCCCGCACGGCCCCGCUGAUGGCGGACCCCGGCGGCCUCCAGGCGCAGAUCGCCUCCAUCAUCGAGGCGCUGGCCAACGCGGCGGCGGCGGAGAUCUGCCAGCUCGUGGACGACGGCUACGCGGCGCUGCGCGCGCAGAUGGAGCGCGAGCGGCAGAGGAGCGACGCGGAGAAGGACGCGCUGCGGCACAAGCUGCGCGAGAUGGACGUCAAGGUGCGCAGCUACGAGCGCAAGAUGCGCAGACGGAUCCAUCACUUCAGGCCGCCCGAAGGAGCUGAAGACCGUCUGCCCCCUGCUGGGCCCCCCCCCCCUGCUGGACACAAAGCCUUCCUCCACCCUCAGCAGGAGGACGCCAAAUCACUGCUGCUGGUCAAGCAGGAGGAGGAGGACCGGGACGAGUGCAACCUGGACCUGAAGGUGGAGGUCAACAUCCGAGCCGAGUGCGGCCUGUCCACAGCUCUGGAACCCGGUGCAGAAGACCCGUCCACCGACUCUGUCUCGGAUCCCAGCGUCUCCGUCUCGCAGCCGCCCCCCUCCCCCUCGGACUCCACGGUGGACCUCGCCGGAAGGCCUCGAGCCAAACGUCGAGCCUGCCAGCCGGUGUGCGGCGGCGCGGAGCCGCCGGGUCCCGACGGCGCGCCGAAGCCGGAGGUCCAGGAUGACCACGCUCCGGGAGAAGGGGUCCACCCGUCGUCCCAGCCGCCGGCCCCCCCGGCCUCCGGCGAGCCCGGUCCGGAGCGCUUGGGCAGCCUGGGCCUGGACAUGGCGUGGAUGCAGGAGCGCGUCAGCCAUCUCGGCGGCGGACGGUUUGGACGGCCCCCCCGACCAUGCUCUCGCCGGCGGUUCUCACGAAAUGGCUGCGUUCGCCGCCCUCGUUCGACAUGGCCGCGUGACGGCCCGCCGCCGCCCCCCCUCCUCCCCCCCCCUCCCCCCGCCACCCCCUGCCACCCGCCGGCCGGCCUGAGGCGGCCCUACAGGAGCGCCGGCCCCACCAAGGAGCCCGUGGCGUGCGGCGCGUGCGGGCGUGUCUUCCCCGGCGCUGCCGCCCUGGAGCUGCACCGCCGGGUCCACACCGGCGAGCGGCCCUACGCCUGCCCGCACUGUGGCAAGGGCUUCGCCCAGCCCAACAACCUGCGCGUGCACCUCCUCAUCCACACCGGCGAGCGGCGCUACCGCUGCACGCUGUGCGGCAAGAGCUUCAUCUCGUCCAGCCACCUGAAGCGCCACCGCACCGUGCACACGCAGGAGAAGCCGUACAGCUGCUCGCGCUGCGGACAGGCCUUCAGCCAGAUGUGCAGCGUGCGGCGACACCGGCAGCAGUCGCAGUGCGGCCUGUAGCGCCGCUCCGACGCACACCGCUGCGACAGCUGCACGGGAGGCGCCAUG